GGAAUGUGGGAAUAAGAAAUUUCAACUCAUAUGUUGUCCAAAGUGAACGUUGUUCUGGGUGUCAGUUGAGGCGGACAACAGGUGAAUGUAUACACAGCGUUGAGUACAACACCGUGUUGACUAUGAGCUGUUUGUCAUCUGUAGGUCUACGGGACGCACGAAGGACGCCAUGUUUGCGGCAAACGAGAUUUUUGUGAUGUAUUUCUUCUUGGUCUCCUUGGCCGGCCAAGUGUUUGGAAGAAGAAUGAGCGUCCAGCGUAAAGAGACGGUGGACGUGCUGGCGAGGUUUUUCCCGGCUGUGGCCGGCACCAACAACGUGAGCGUGACCGUGGACGAGUCCCAGUGCUCCACGCUCCACAUCGGCCAGUACGCCUCUCUCACCCUGCCCACCCAGCAGGCGGUAGGACCAAGGUUUGCGGAGGAGUUCAGUGUGCUCAUGGAGGUCCUCAGCUGGCAGAGGGCGGAGGAGAGCUCCCUGCUGACCCUGCUGGACUACGACCUCCACCUCCACCUGCAGAUCCGCCUCGGACCCCGCUCCCUCACCUACAUCUCCACCCAGCAUCGCGACUACGAGUUCCCGGUGGGCGAUCUGCACGACGGGCGGUGGCACCGGGUGUCCGUGGGGGUGUCGGUGGCGGGGCUGGCGCUCUACGUGGACUGCAGCCUGGUGGAGAGGGUGCACUGGCCCUACCGGGGCCAGGGCAUCAGCACCGAGGGCCUGGUGAUACUGGGGGGAAUCCUGGAGAGCUUCGAGACCCCGUUUGAGGGGGCGAUGAGGCAGCUGACCCUUGUGAUGGGGGACCCCGACUCAGCCAGACAUCACUGUACUCUCCCUCCGCCUGACUGUCCACGCCCCACCCACAGAACACCCAGAACGGAGCUCUCACGUCGGGACUCCGAGUCGUUGUACGGUGGCGGUGGCUCCAACAUGGCGGAGGGCUCCGGCGAUGACGGGGACGACCGGCUGAAUCCCCUGCUGCAGAGCAAUCCUAUAGAGUCAGCCCAUGACGAUGAAUCGGAGACCGGCUUCGCACUGGUCGCAGAAACCACAUUCCUUCACGAAGUCAGGGGGCAGUCCAACGCUAAACUCCCCGAGGUCAUCCAGUCCUCCGACGAAAAAGGAGGAAAACCCACCUGGGAGAUAUUCCGGUCGGACACGACCACACACAACGUCAUUGACCUCGACGGCAAAGCGCAAAGCUGGCUCAACGUCAGCUCCCACGCGGAGGAACGCGCCAUUCCGUCUGUGAAACCCGUCCCUCCAGAACACGGGAAGAGCACACGUAUGAUUGGUUCCCGUCCGCAGACCCCAGCCAAUGACGUGCGAGGGCCAGGAGAAGCUUUAGCAACAGUGGCAAGAAAAGAAGGGGAAGUGAUCGUCGUCGGUUCCCAGGAAAGGAAGUAUCGACUCGUGGCUGGACCUCCCGGCCCGGUCGGGCCGUGGGGAAAAAGAGGAUGCGCCGGCAGAGAGGGCGACUUCGGCUUCCCCGGCGACAAGGGUUCCCAGGGGUAUCCAGGCCUGGAGGGGCGGAGAGGGGAACCAGGGCCACCCGGGCCCCCAGGACUGCCCACCCUGUACCUCGGCAGAAGCACUAAAGACGACCGGGCCGCUUUCUCUAACUCCUACUUCUACCAUCUGCUGCGAGCCGGUUGGCCGACAGUACCGGGGGACCCCGGGGCCAUCGGGGAGACGGGGCGACCAGGGCCUCCCGGAAUUCCGGGAGACCAGGGAAGCAGAGGGAUGCCCGGCGGGCACGGAGAUGUGGGUUACCCCGGGCCGAAAGGCAUGAUGGGGAAUCCAGGGAAGAGUGGCCGGGGUGGGGCCCCAGGUGUGGGCGGGGCCCGGGGCCUACACGGCCCUCCUGGGCUCCAGGGCCAGCGGGGGUCAAAGGGGGAGACUGCUACGAUGGGGGAGCCGGGCGAGGAGGGGUUUCCGGGAGAGCCAGGCCCAUGCGGGGACAGAGGGAACACCGGAUCGAAGGGGUUUAAAGGAGAAGAAGGAGACGCCGGACCCUUCGGACCACCUGGUCUGUUGGGCAAGAGGGGUGUUCAGGGUCUCCCUGGGGCGACCGGACCACAGGGAGAAGCAGGAGACGAGGGUUUACAUGGUCCACUUGGACCAGUGGGUGCUCCCGGGGUCACGGGAGUGAUCGGACCACAGGGGGUCAACGGCUCUGAAGGAGAUCCAGGGCCGUCAGGUCCCCGGGGUCGUAGGGGCCCUCAGGGCCCCCCGGGGUCAAUGGGUGGGUUGGGCCCUGCCGGGCCCAGAGGGCCCCUGGGUCAGCCUGGAAUCAGUGGCCCUCCAGGUCUAAAGGGUGUUGCAGGUGGACCUGGACCAAUAGGAAGAAAAGGAUUGCCUGGUUUUGAAGGUGACAUGGGAAGGAGUGGAGUUCCCGGUCCAAACGGCUAUCCUGGAGACCAAGGCCCCAGAGGAUUAGAUGGGGAUAGCGGAGACCCUGGACUGAAGGGGGACAGAGGACCAGCUGGUUCAGCAGGGGUCAGAGGUCAGCAGGGAGAGGGGGGUGGGCGGGGCCUGACAGGGAUUCCUGGAGCCAGAGGCCCUCGUGGGCUCCUCGGAGCUGAGGGUGAAGACGGUGAAGCAGGCCUCAGGGGAGGUGUUGGGAGAGAGGGGUUAAAGGGAAACCGAGGACUUACGGGACAGCAUGGAGAGCUAGGAUUAAAAGGGUUCAAGGGUCGUACCGGACUCUCUGGUCUCUAUGGGAUACCUGGCACACCGGGUUACCCAGGUCCAGUUGGGACGGAGGGAGCAGAAGGAAAGCCCGGUACACAGGGGUCUGCUGGGUCAGCUGGUGCUCCCGGGCCUAAAGGAGACCGGGGGCUUGCGGGUGUUGUUGGUGAGAGAGGAUUGCCUGCUGUUGUCAGUUCUCCGGGUCCUCCAGGGAAGACAGGCCAAGAGGGCCUCCGUGGCCCCAGCGGCGAGAGGGGCUUCACAGGUAAACCAGGCGUCGAUGGCUCCCAGGGCCCAGUGGGCAUGAAUGGUUACCCAGGAGCAGAGGGGUUGGUGGGGAUACGAGGUCACAUGGGACAGCGGGUGAGAGCACACACACACACACACUCAUACACCUGAACUGGUUGGAAAACUGUUGAUAGUUAUCUAAUGGCUAUCCUGGAACAAUAUAUUGAUGUUCAAUUGUUUACAUUCAUUACUUCAUAUGGAUUUGGAUUUGGAUAUAAGAUAUUUGAUAACGACCAGUUGAAAUGAUGUGUAG